UCAUAUUCCUCUUAAACAAAUGAGAGACAUGAACGAGAUAACAACAUGGCGCGCAGCGAGAGUGCUGGUGGACUGUUUGUUGUCGCAGGAUUUUCUAUUCUCGUUGUCGUAACAAAUCUAGUUGUCUUAAUUUUAACUGUCAACGGGUCGCCGACAAUGGAUGGGAAUCUGAAAAUGCUACCAGAAAAAGGCGGGUUACCGAAUCUGGAAACUGGAAAGCUGAUAAUCGACACUGACGCUGGAGUGGAUGACGCUGUAGCCCUGUUCCUUGCCCUCGGACAUGAGGCGAAACAGCUGAACAGCAGUGCGCGAAUCUUUGCCAUCACGUGCGUCUUUGGCAACACCGAUGUUAACAACGUGGCCGUCAACGUACUAAAGGUGCUGAAGACUGCGAACAGGUUGGAUAUCCCCGUUUACAGCGGAGCCUCGCGCUCCCUGUUGGUAACCCCGCCCAUAGAGGACUUCUAUGGCAAGGACGGGUUGGGCGACUUCGUAUACCCGGACCCGCCAAAUCCAGCGGACUACAUCAAGAAAGAACAUGCAGCCGUCGCCCUGACACGACUCGCGUCUCAGUAUCCAAAGCAAAUAACACUUCUGUGUCUCGGUCCACUGACAAACGUGGCUCUUGCUAUCCGCUUGGACCCGCUGUUCAUCACGAACCUAAAACAACUUGUCGUGCUCGGUGGAAGUACAGAAGGGAUCGGCAACGUGAGGCCUGGUGUAGAAUUCAAUUUCUACGUCGACCCUGAAGCAGACUUCAUCGUGUUCGACUCUGUGAACGCAACCAACAAUGGCAUAAACCCGAUCGUUUUGUUUCCCUGGGAAUCGGUAGUCAAACGCAACGUAGUAUCUAUGCAAUGGCGGAAGGAGGAGCUCGGAUCUGUAAGCAGUCCAUCAGUUCGCUUCCUGAACCUCGCAGAACGAGAACAGCUGAACGACGACAAUAAAAUAGACUGGCACAGUGCAGACGCCCUGGUCACAGCCGUCACCCUUGACCCCAGUCUGGUGGGGCAGGCAUCAGGCUGCUACAACGCGAUGCCAGAAGUUCAAGGAUCGAGGGCGCGAGGUUCACUCUUCGUCGACUACAACAGAUCCCUUUCAUCGGCGCCGUGUAACGUAGUUAUCGUCGAGACUGUCGACUUACUGCGCUACAAACGGAUGCUACUUAGUUUUCUUGCAUAGACGUACUGCAUUUGAGGCGUACGGCGCUAAAGCGGAGUUUCGUACCUUCAAAAUAACAUUUGAAAGUGCUAAUGGACAAUACAUAAUGCACCGAAGCCGAAGCUAGUCUAAAGAAUAUUUAAGAAUUCAGUCCGUACCGCGAAGAAAACAACACACUUCACCAUUACGUAGAUCAACUGGUUAACGCUGUUUAAGGAGAUAAUCGCUGUUUAAGUGAAUAUCGAAGGAAACCCAGGUAUCUAAAUAAUAUUAAAGAAUUCAGUCCGUACCGCGAAGAAAACACUACACUUCACCAUUACGUCGAUCAACUGGUUAACGCUGUUUAAGGAAAUAAUCGCUGUUUAUAAUGAGAAUUAUACGAAACCAGUAAAUUCAAAACACAAAUUUACAAACUGCUGAAGUAGGUGGGAUAUUUAGUUUACAUUAAUCUUUAAAUAAUUAAUUAAAGUGGUUCACACAGAAUAA